CAUCUUCUGGGCAUGGAGUAAGGGUCACUGCGUGUGUAUGUGAGGGGGGAGGUAUUUGGGAAUUUCCUCCAUUUUGCAGGGGGGUUGGACUGGAUGACCCUAGGGGUACCUUCCACCCCUGUGAUUCUAUGAUACUAAGCCAAGUCGGGCUGUUGGUUCAUCUAGCUCAAUACUGAUUAUUCUAACUGGCAGGACCUCAGAGUGAGAAAAGCCGUUCCUACCACUUGUUAUUCGAGAUCCUUUAGAGUGGAGAUGCCAGUGACUUAACUUGAAACUUGCUGCAUGCAAAGCAGGUGCCUUAUUAUUGAGUGACAGCUCCUUCUGUUAGCAGUCAAACCCUAUUCUCACGCUAAUAGGGAGGUUUAUGAAUAUGGCUGUAUCAUAAACCUCUAUCCUCAAGUACUUCAAGCGCAGAAACAUUGCCUGGCAAGUCAGAAGGGACCCCGACUCAGCUGGAGUUGGAAAAUUACCAGAAUGUGAAUCAUAGGCGAGGUUGACUAGCUGCUCCACACCCCAGAGAUGGGCAAAGAUUUAAUGACAAAAACGGACUUCCUGCAGUUCCUGAGUUAAUCUCAUCCACACCCUUAUGAGCUUCCCCCUUCCUCUUACCUAAUCAAGGUUACUCAGGGAUCUGAUAGACCUUCCUAUCUAGCAAUCACAGAUCAUCAACCAUUUUUCUUACCUUUAGUAACACCCAGAAAGGUAUAAUCAAGCCUUUCCCAUUUAUUGUCUCACCUCUGGAGAUGUCCAUUAAGCUAUUGUUUUUGGGCAGAAGAUGCGACACUGUCUCAGAGUACAUUUCCAUAGUAUAACUGGACUGUCCUGCAAUGUGUGUGUGUGUGUGUGUGUGUGUGUGUGUGUGUGUGUAUGUGUAUCCUGGUACCCUAUGCACACCCUCAGGCAUGUGACUAAGCCUUCUUCUUCUUCCUGCUGUGAAGCACUGGUCACUCAGCUGCUACUGUCCACAGACGUCCUCUAUCUUCCAGACUGGUAAAUAUCGCCCGAUCCUGUAUAUCGCCCGAUCCUUCCUCUUCAUCCCUGUUUCCCACUUAACUCUGUACAGGUAAGUUGCUCUACCUGGUUUCCAGAGGGCCACGUAAGAGAGCAGCAGGCACAGAAGCAGGAUAGAUUAAAGAAGACAAACUCGCAGUGAGAAGAAAACAGUUGGGCUGGGUGUAACAGGAAAAAGGCAAGGAAGGGGAAAACCGUAUUGAAGUUGCAACGCGAGCAGAGAAAGGAAUACGCAACAGUUGCUCAAGGAAGAGAGCGAGAGCGGGUUGAGAACAGAGACUCCAUUGGCGGUGCUGAGAAGGAGGCCACUAUGGACCACCCUGAUGGUGAGAAGCCCCAAGGAGGUGUCCCUGCUGCACAGAACCCACCACCCUACUCUGAAAAACAGCCCUACAAUGUCUCUGCUCAGCAACUACCUCCUGACGGGUCAGCAAACCCGGCCAUGAUGCCUCAAUACCAGCCCUUCAUGCAGCUUCCACCGCACACAACCUACAUUGUCCCUGUUCAACCCACCCAUGAACCAGAUUACCUGGGAUAUUCCAUCUUCACCACGCUCUGUUGUUGCCUGCCUCUGGGAAUUGCAGCCCUGGUUUACUCGAUACGGACACGAGAUGCCAACCGUGUUGGGAAUGGUGCUGAAGCUCGGAAGAAGUCCAGGAUGGCGCAGAUCCUAGCCCACACGUCACUUGGCGUGGGGAUUGUGUUCAUUAUUGUAUACAUUGUCUUUAUGGUGGUGAUUUAUAGUCGUUAGUAUCCUUGAGGACACUCACAAAGUGUUUGUCUGCUAAAGCAUUUCUUCUUUUCCCCUUGUUAAUUAAAAGUUUGUUUUUAAUUGUGACCAUUACAAAAAUGUUAUUCCAAUCUGACUCUAUAUUGAUGUUAAAUGAAGAGGUUUCAUGCCAUUUAAGAGACAUUGGGGAUGUAUUAUCAAUAGACAAUGAAUUAGCAAUGUAAAAUAUAAACCCACUUGACAUUUUCACCAGAAUGUUUUGUGGCCUUGCGGUACAGGAUUUGAGUGUUGCAACGCAGUUUAUCCGCUUGUGACCAAUUACUGUUACAAAAGAGGAAAAUAAUUUUAAAAGACCUGUAAUCACACCGCUAAAACAUUUGCAAUGUAAAAGGAACAAACGCUUAAUAAAAUAAUCAGACACAGAGCAGCUUAUCAACUGUUUGAAAAGAUGGUACCUGGAACCCUUCCCACAUUUUGCACUUUGAAUUAAUAAUGGAAAUAACUUCACAUAGACUAGGAAGAAUAUCAUUUGAGAUAUCUGAGAAGCUUCCACAAAGGUUGUCAUUAUCAAUAAACAUUC